UGUACAUCCAUAAGCGGUUCACUGUUGUGAGCUAGGUUUGCAAUGAUGAAGUGGAAUUGGCUGGUGUUCUUAGCUGCGGUGGCGGUAGAAGCAGGUCCUUUCAAGGGAUCGCAGUGGUCUUAUCAUGAAUCUGUGGGGAUCCCGCGCUCAGAACAAUUGAAGAAGUUGGAGCUAGCAGCCAAUUCUACACGAAUCGUUGGGGGCACUCCUGUACCUCUCGGCAGGCAUCCGUUUAUGGUAGGACUCGUGAUCCACCUAAAUUACGUUGAUUGGUUCACGUCGAUGUGCGGCGCGUCUCUCCUGACGCACACACGGUCGCUGACGGCGGCGCACUGCUGGGACGACGCACGCAUGUUCACCUUGGUGUUCGGCUCCCAGACGCUGCAUACUGGUGGCUUGCGUAUCGACUCCGAAGACGUCGAGGUCCAUCCCGAUUGGAACCCAGAUAACCUACAUAACGAUGUCGCUAUCAUUAGGCAUGACUGGGUCCAAUUCAAUAAUGCUAUCAGCCCUAUAAACUUGCCUAUUGAGGAUGCGAAUAACGACUUUUUGGGAAUGUGGGCAGUUGCUAUGGGCUACGGGCGGAUAUCAGACACAAAUCCAAACCCAGCCAACCCAGAGCUUCGUGAAGCAAACCUACAAGUGAUCUCGAACGAGGAGUGCGUUCAAAGGUACCCCAAUAACGUGGUUUCGUCGACUCUGUGCACCUUGGCUCCUGUCGGCAUCAACACCUGCGUGGGAGACUCAGGCGGCCCUCUAGUGGCUGGUUCAGGUCCCGACAAAGUUCAGAUUGGCAUAGUGUCGUUCGUUGUAUGGGGCUGUGAAGAUGGAUUUCCCCAUGGAUUCGCGCGUGUCACUUCGUUCUUGCCAUGGAUCUUAUCUAGGCAAUAGUUUUUGUUAAUACGUACCUAUCUAAUAAAUGUGGUCAGUAUUUGAAUA